AUGCCUGCUACAACUUCGUUUAAGAAGGAAUUAUUGAAACCGUGUCCAGUUUUAAACCCCACGGAGCACGAAUUCAAUGAUCCGAUUGGAUAUCUUUCCAGCGAACCUAUUGCAAAAUUGGGUUCCUUGUACGGAAUAGUCAAGAUUGUUCCACCACCAAAUUGGAAACCUCCCUUCAAUAUAUCCCCUAAUUUUAAAUUCCAUGUUCGGAAACAAAAGAUCAGUGACUUGGGAUUGACUACGAGAUCACGAAUGUUUUUUAAAGAAAGUAUUAAUCGAUUUUUGAAAAUGAGACGGAAAAAGCAGUUGCGCCUGUCUUUUAAAGUUAAUGGGGUGAAUAUAUACUAUUACGACUUGUUCUUGGAAGUGGAAAAACUAGGUGGUCCUGAGAAUAUGAAUAAGGCUAAAUGGAUCGAGAUUAAUAAGAUCAUGAAUGUUGAUCCUGUGUCAUCUGCCAUUGAACAGGAAUAUAUCGCCAAUGUUAGGUAUUAUGCCAUGUACUUGCACAAUAAGGUUGAUUUUGAGUUUCCAGAAAGUGACGAUGAAGACGAAUUUGACAACUGUUUGAUUUGUGGGAAGCACGAUAAGCCCGAAGAAACUUUACUUUGUGAUAAUUGCGACAACCCAUAUCAUAUGAAGUGUUUGCCUACCCCAUUGACAUCUAUUCCUGCUGCAAAUUGGUAUUGUGAUAAAUGUUUGAUAGGAACAGGCGAAUAUGGAUUUGAAGAAGACCAAGAUAUUAAAUAUUCAAUACCAGAAUUCUACGAAAUGUGUCAUGAAUUUGAUGCCAAAUUUGCUGCAAAAUAUAACAACAAUGAAGCACUAACUGUAGAUGUAAUUGAAGACAAAUUCUGGUCAUUUGUUGAAAAUGAAAAGGUUGAUAUUGAAGUUAAAUAUGGGGCAGAUAUACACAAUUUGAAACCCGGAGAAAUAAGUGGAUUCCCCAUGAAAGACACUCCUGGACUAGACCAUAAUGACCCUUUAACCAACCACUAUAUCAAACAUCCUUUCAAUCUUACAAAGCUACCUUUUGCCAAAGGAUCGCUACUCAAUUACGUAAAUUCUUCAAUAUCAGGAAUGACAGUGCCAUGGAUAUAUAUUGGUUCGUUGUUAUCUACAUUCUGUUGGCAUGUUGAAGAUCAUUAUACUCUUUCUGCCAACUAUUGUCAUUUUGGUGCAACCAAGAAAUGGUACGGCAUCCCCGCUGUACUUGCCGACAAGUUUGAAAAAGUGAUGAGAAAUUCUGCUCCUGAUUUAUUUCAAAAACAACCAGAUUUGUUACAUCAAUUGGUAACAUUGAUGUCUCCUACUAAACUUGUGGAACAUGGUAUACCUGUCACAUAUGCUGAUCAAAAUCCUGGUGAAUUUAUCAUAACGUACCCAAGAGUAUAUCAUGCUGGAUUCAAUUGUGGGUUUAAUUUCAAUGAAGCUGUGAAUUUUACCAUGAGUGAUUGGUUGGAAUUUGGGGAAAAGUCCAUUGGAGAUUACAAAGUUAUUAAGAAGGAGAAUGUAUUUAAUCAUUAUGAGUUGUUGGAAAGCAUUCUCAAAUCAUUCAAUAAACAAAGAGGGAAGAUUCUGGCAAAUCAGAUUGACUUGGUAAACAGGUGCUUGUUGAGUUUUCAGAGAUUUGUUGUUGAUCAGGAAUUUUUAUUACAGAGUAUUGAUAAAUCAAAAUUUGAUUGCCGUUUUGAACCAAAAUAUUUGAAAUGGAAGAAAGAACCUAAUUCAAACCGUGCUUAUGACGAUGAUGAUGAUGAUGAUGAAAACCAUGAUGACUAUGCAUGUGAUUCAUGCAAGACCCACCUUGGAUACCAGUUCUGUGUGCUUAAAUGUAACUUGCCAGAAGUUAAGAAUAUAAAAUCACUCGCAGAAGGAGAGCAAAAGCAAACUCUGAAAGAACUUUCCCCUGAUGUGGAAAUAAUCAAGACCAAUCAAUUAUUGACACCUAAUACUUCUCCAUUAGAGGAGAAACUUAGUUCACCAAAACAAGAAAUGAUUGAAGUGGUUGCUAAUUCUGAAGCUUCACACAAUUUAUCAAGUAUCGGACAAAAGCGUGAAGCAGAAAUGGAUGCUUAUGACAGAUUGAUCCAGGAAGCCAAAAGACAAGCACGUGGAACUGAAGAGAAGGUUAGUGCCGGGAGAAAGUCCAAACGACUAGAAACUAUCCCGAGAAAAUCUUUGAAUGAAGAUGAACUUGAAAAAGAAUAUACAGCAAGAGUCGCCCAACUUCAAACCCAUAAACGAAAAAGAAAACACCAUAUACAGCAUCCAACUCAUAGUAUGAGAAUGUCUAUGAAAAGUUCAAAAAGAACUCAACGAGAAAACAAAGAGAUCAGAUUAUGUUUGGGAUGUACCAAGAAAUUCCGUGGCCUUACUUCUAAUGAUCAGUCAGUACAUGGAAUAUUGAUUUAUAGGUCAUAUCCUUCCCAAUUGAAGGAUCUCAUCCGAACAACAAAGAGAAACAUUACUGAAAUCCAGGGCUACUAG